CUCAAGCAGAUAUGUCGAUCCUUGUUAGAUGUUCGUCCUUAGAAGGUUACUCAAAAAGGCUUGCUGAGGUUUUCUCAAAGGAUGUCAUAUCUUUCUUGGCUAGCUGUCAAAAAUUGGUUCCACGACCGUGGGUCAUUGAUGACUUGGACAACUUCCAAGCCAAAUGGAUCAAGAAGCCUUGGAAGAAGGCAGUGAUUUUUGUUGAUAAUUAUGGUACCGACAUAAUUUUGGGUAUUUUGUCGUUUGCAAGAGAGUUGCUCCUUCGUGGAACUCAGGUAGGUACUUUUGACAAUGACCGAGUCUUUCUCCACAAUCUACUGAGUGAUGCAGAGUAUACUCUAAGUUGUUCUUUCUCUUUUUAUUUCAUCUUGAAGGUGCUUCUAGCUGCUAACGAGCUGCCAGCUAUCAACGAUGUAACAUAUACAGAGCUUACUGAUAUCGUGUCUCAGGUGAAGUAUGUUGAAGUAGCACAGUUUCUCCGAGGACGACUUUACGACUGUGUAUUUAAAUACAAUGAAGUUCAGAGUUGAUUAUAUUCCAAUAAACUUCACUCUUGACUUCUCCGCAACUACGAUUUUGUACUGAAUCAUCCAUACUAUAUACUGUAUCAUCAUGCUUUAUAAAAAGGAGAGACUUAAACCUUCCAAAUCAA